UUCUCACCACGGUCACGCCGAACGAACGAGACGGCGGUCUCGCUCGCUCGCUCGCUCUUCGUUCGGCCUCGGCCGCGCGAGGUAGGUGGCGCGACUCGGCGCGGCUCGGCUACCGAUCGCGCGUCCCCGCAAUCCUUGACCCUUUCCAAAUCCCACCAACACGAGCCCUCGUUUUAAAUCUACUCGUGCUACGCUUACUUGCUUACACUUGACGAACCAACCUCACUUUCUCCCCGUAGCUGGCUGGGCUGUGGCUCGCUGCUCUCUCAUCCGCCACCUACCGCCACCACCUUCCCCCCACGGUCCAGCUCCUCACCGUCGUCGUUCGUCCUCGCCGAGUCCUAAUUUAUACCAACCCAUCCACCGGGCGAUCACACGCACGCACGCACAUGGUCGAUUGGUUAGCUCUCUUUCCCAUUGCCAUGGGCCGCCGCCUCUGAUCCCCCUCGCCUCUCGCUACCGAGUUGCUGGCCAUUGGUUGGUUGGUGGAUCGGGUUUGUCUCGCCGGGGCGCGGGGGGGGGGGGGGGGGGGGGCCCCAUGGCGUCAAUCAGGUCGUGCGUGUCGGUGAACCCGGCGGCGGCGGUGACCCCGGUCAAGUACAAAUCCGCGAGGGUCGGGGCGGCCGGGUUGGACCCAAAAGGCCUGAGGAUAUCUUGCUCUUCGUCUUCCUCGUCCUUGGCCGCAGGUGGUGGUGAUGGGUGCAGGGAUGCCGGGUGCGCCAGUAGCAGCGGCAGGGGCAGCGGUGUCGUUGGUUCGGUUGGCGAUGGUUGGUGGGGGAGGAGGGGCGGGCAGCGGGAGCGGGCCGUCGCCGCCAUGUGCAGCGCCGGCAUGGAGGGGGUCCGGCACGGCGCCGCCGCCGUGGCCAGCGUGCCGGCGGCGUCGGCGUCGGCGUUGCCGGAGCGGGCCAAGGUGGUGGCGCUGGUGGCGGCCGUGAUGCUGCUCUGCAACGCCGACCGGGUCGUCAUGUCCGUCGCCGUCGUCCCGUUCGCCGCGCAGUACGGCUGGUCCAGCUCCUUCUUGGGCAUCGUCCAGUCAUCUUUUCUUUGGGGAUAUGUUUUCUCAUCCAUGGUUGGGGGAGCUUUGGCAGACCGAUAUGGAGGGAAGAAGGUGAUGGCAGGUGCUGCUGCCCUCUGGUCCUUGGCCACUUUCCUCACUCCAUGGGCUGCUUCUCAAUCCACAAUUAUGUUGCUUGCCAUACGUGCUCUCUUUGGCCUUGCGGAAGGUGUUGCAUUUCCAACAAUGAGCACUUUCUUACCAAAGUGGUUCCCAACACAUGAACGUGCUACUGCUGUUGGCAUUUCUAUGGGAGGAUUCCAUCUUGGAAAUGUCAUAAGUUUCUUAGCAACACCGAUCAUCAUGUCACAUAUAGGCCUCGCCGGGACAUUUGCCUUCUUUGCAUCACUUGGUUACUUGUGGCUUUCUGUAUGGUUGUUCAAUGUUGAAAGUGACCCUCUUGACAGUCGUACAAUAAGCAAAUCUGAGCUGCAAUUAAUCCUAGCCGGAAGAAGUGCAUCAAAAAUUCAGGGUAGCAAAUUCCCAUCCUUACGAGAAAUUCUGUCGAAGAUCGAAAUGUGGGCCAUCAUUGUAGCUAAUGUGGUCAACAACUGGGGCUAUUUUGUACUACUAUCAUGGAUGCCUGUCUACUUUAAAACGGUUUAUAAUGUCAACUUAAAACAAGCAGCAUGGUUCAGUGCCAUACCUUGGGCAGUCAUGGCUCUGUCUGGUUACGUCGCAGGAGCUUCUGCAGAUUUCCUGAUCAAAUCUGGUUUCUCUGUUGCAUUAGUUCGGAAGAUUAUGCAGUCCAUCGGUUUUAUCGGGCCAGGCGUUUCACUGCUUUGCUUAAGAUUUGCCCAGACGCCAUCAGUUGCAGCAGUCCUCAUGACCAUCGCCCUGAGCUUGAGUUCCUUCAGUCAAGCUGGAUACUUCUGUAAUGUACAGGACAUUGCUCCCAAAUACGCUGGAUCUCUGCACGGACUGACGAACGGCAUCGGGACAGUGGCCGCCAUAGUUAGCACCAUAGGAACAGGCUACUUCGUGCAGUGGCUAGGAUCCUUCCAGGCCUUCCUCACCCUCACGGCGGUGCUUUACUUCAGCGCCACCGUCUUCUACAACACCUACGCCACAGGCGACCUAAUUUUUGACUGAGAUGAUGACAUUACCCCUCGUGUAAAAUCUCGAAGUGUAGUACUUCCACCAUUGUUUCUCUCCUAGUCCUAUGGCUGAGCCAGGAAACCAAUAAACAGAUGUUGAUUGAAAUUGAUUGAUUGACUGCCAUUUUUGGUGUAAAA